AUGACUAUUCCCGAUACAGGUGAAAUCCAUAAGAAAACUCCGCAAAACACAUUUAGCGAGCACAUGGUUACCAGUGAUGAGGAUGAGGAAAGCACUCAUCUGAUGAUAGAUGAGCCUAAUAUCAGAGCUAAUGGGGCCAGAAUUUCAUCUGACCAUUUCCCCUUAACCUACACUUAUUCUUCAUCUCUGACCUGUCCAAUCCCUACCACAUCAGCUGGGCAUAGUAGCUGCUCCCCACAAAGUUCUUUAUCCAAUGGUGAUGCCUUACCCAUGACUGGGUCAUCUGAAACAUUGAGUACCAUGAAAGGAAAGAAACAGCCUAAAGUUCCUGUUAAACGAAAAAGUAGUGGCAAGAUCUUACCCACUGGUAAAGACGGGCAAAAUGGUUAUGUGUGUCCACAAUGUGACACUUUAGUACCAACUCAACAUGAGUUAACUACACACCUUCGUUCUCACAAUGGAGUCAAUAACUCCAGGUCAGAACAUCAGUGCCACCAGUGUUGGAAGAUCCUAAGUUCUUCAAGUUCACUAGAUCGUCAUAUGCUAACCCAUUCUGGGGAAAAGCCAUUUUCCUGCCGUAUCUGCAAACAGUCUUUUACUACUAAUGGCAAUAUGCAUCGGCACAUGCGUACCCAUGAGAAAAAGAAUGAUCAAAGGCGUGCAGCUCUCUUGAAACCAAAGAAUAAGUCCUCUUCUUCUUCCUCCAAGAUGGACCUAUUCAAUGAUAGUAUGAUUGAUGUUUCAGCAAGUAAAAAUAGCUUGAGGUUGUCAGAGAAUGUUGAAAUGGUAUCACAGAGUGUGUUGAAAACUACAUGGUCUUCUUCAACUCUGACAGAUGCUAAUAAAAAACCUACCUCUGACAGUCAAGGAGAUCUCAAUCCUAAACCAAGUAUCCCUCCUUACCAAAAUGAAGGCCAUGACCUCUCCCAAAAAACAGUGCUCAAAAACACCCUUUCCUCUCUUCCUCAUUCACCUACAGAAAGCUCUCCUAAGCACUCCCUUCAUUCUUCCCCAAGAUCUUCACCUCUCAACUCUAUCACAACUGUUGAGUUUUCCAGUAGCAAAUUCCCUCUGAUCUGCAUUGCAGAAGGUAGCAAAAAUGUCCAUCGACCAAAGACUGGUCAACAGGAAUAUGGCUGUGAAGAUUGUCAGUUAUAUUUCCCUUGUAAGAAGGCCCUUGAUUUGCAUUUGCAGACUCACUGCACAGACAAGCGAACUUCAUGCAGUGUGUGUGAUCUCACCUUUUCAUCACCUGAAAACUACCAACAACACUGCCAUUGUUAUCACACUGAAGAUACCAAUGAAUACCAGGCAGUAUUUAUGAAUUCUCUCAACCUGGUAUCCAACCAGAAUACUUCCAAAAUGGCAGAAUUACAAUCAUGCGUGAAUGGUAUUGAUAAGGGCUCCCUAGCUAAGCAAUGUCACUUGUCUAAGGACACUCAACCAGGCUCAGUUUCCCCUCAGCUUCAGAUUGAUAAAUAUUGUGAAGAGGAUAUCAAGCCAAAAGAAGGCCAAUUAAAUAAUUAUUCUAUCCCACAAGAUGAAUCCACCAACAGUCACAUCAGUAUUGGUGCUGAGAAGGCCUUUAAUGGAAGUGCUAAGAAAAAAUCAAGUUACACUUGCACUUAUUGCAACAAAGAUUUCAUCAAUACCAGAGCUGCCAAAAGUCAUGAGAGAAGCCAUUUGGGAUUGUCACCCUAUCAGUGCAAAUCCUGUAGUUACUCCAGUCCAGACAAAAGCACCUUGAUCCGACAUAUGAGGACCCACAAUGGAGAGAGGCCCUAUCAGUGCAAACUAUGUAACUAUGCUUUCACUACAAAGGCCAACUGUGAACGACAUGUUAAAAAGAAGCACAACAUUUUCAAGAAAGAGGAAUUGGAGACCAAGGUUGGUUACAAUAAAGAUACAAAGGAGGCUCAAGAUGAUUCUUUCAGUUCCCCAGACACAGUUUGCAAAUACUGUAAUAAAGAUUUUAAAUAUUUUCGGCGUCUGAAGCACCAUCUUCGUGGACACCGUAGCAGUGAAGAGAAACCUUUCAAGUGUAAACAGUGUGACAUGGGUUUCUCAACCAAGGCUAACUGUGUUAGGCAUAUUCAAAACAAACACACAGAGAUCAAUCACAUUAACAUUGAGAAUUAUGUACAGAUGCAGGAAUCUAUGUUUACAUCUUUCAUGGGUCAUACUGGUCCACCAAGAUGUACAUCUGCACCUCCACCUGCUCAUUCUCCUGCAGUCCGGUUCAGUGAUGAUUCUACUGAAGAUGCCAAGCCAUUAGAUCUCCGUUCAUCUCGAAAUCUUUCCCAAAGUAGCUCACCUUCAGUUAAUGGAGGCUCAUUGAUUUGUCCUGAGGAACAGGACAACAAUGAACCAAUUGAUUUGUCUAUUAAGAGGACUAAAAAGGCCAUCAGAAAGAUUGUAAGAACACCUGAUCCUAACGCACAAUGUCCUAAAUGUGACCAAGAAUUUGGUUCGGAACUUGAACGCCAGUACCACAUCAAGAUAUCCCAUGAUCAGGCAACAAAACCAGGUGACAGCGAGUCUUGGCAGAAGCAAUCUGCUUCCCAACAUGUUUCCCAUGCCCCAGGAGUUUCUUUGCAUCAUAACUGCCAAUCACCUUUGACUAAAAAGAUUAAACUGGAACAAAAUCCACAGAAGGACAAGAUUCCAAAUAUUGAUUGUAACUCUGAUGAUUUGGCUUCUGUAAGCCAAAUUUUGAACACAACCGGUGCCAAUUCAUUUGAAGCUUACUUUGCAAACCACCAAGAAGAUGAUACAUUGCUCUUGUUGGGGCAAACAAAUGGUUACAGCUCUAGCCCUUCUGAAUAUGGAAAUGAUGGACUCCAAAUCAAAGAUGAACCUCGCGAAUUAGAUAGCGAGUAUAUCAGUGUGACACAAGAAGAAAACAUUUUAAAUAAUUCCUCUGAUGCUAAAGACAUGGCUCGACAGGAACCUGAAAUGGAUUCUGUUCAGAAGAGUCAUAAAAAGAAACGUAAUUCUUAUGCUGACUCCCCACACAAGUUGAAGUGUCCUCAUUGCCCACGUCACUUUCCUUGGGCUAGCUCCCUCAACCGUCACAUCCUUACACACACUGGUGAGAAGCCAUUUGAAUGUCCUAAAUGUCAUGUGAUCUUUUCUACAAAGUCAAAUCGUGAGCGUCAUCUGACUCGAAAGCAUGGGGUCAAUAUGUUAGACCCUGCUGCUCGUCAAACAAUGGAUCGUCCAUUCAAGUGUCACCUCUGUACCUUUAGCUCAUUUGCUACCAAAGAGAAUCUUUUGCGUCAUUACCGAGAUCGCCACCCUGAAGAUCCACUGCCAGAUGGUGUGUGUGAUGGAAUAGAAAAAACAUCCAGUUCUGGUUCUUCCCCACAACAACAAAAAAACAAAUUUCAUUCUGGAAGCAGCAAUAUCAGAAUGGAUCUGAAGUCUCCAGUAUCUGCUGAAAAAAGCAUGUCAGAUGAACAUGCCCUAAUUCCUUCCAAACUUACUGAAAGAGAAAAUACAUUUCGAGAUGAUGUUGGACCUAAGAAUGAAGAGCUUGAGAUCAACAACAAUCUCUUGCAUUGGACUCAGAAACCUACUGACCUCCAGGGAAAUCUUACCUCUAAAAGCCACUUAUGUUACAUGUGUGGAUACAAGUUAAGUACUCAACAACUGCUGCAGCAACACUUGGAGGUCCACAGCAAAGACUUACCCUUUAAGUGUCACUUGUGUGACACUUCAUUCCAUGAAAGAAGCAAAUGCCUAAAGCAUAUGGAGAAGGAACACAGAGCUAAGUGGUCCAUACUGACAAAUAAGAACAAAAUUACAAACAUGGAACAGUUUUCUGAUGAUGUGGGUCACAGGUGCCAAGAAUAUGUUAAACAGUUAUCAGACUGUGUGGAACAAAAUAGUCAUAUGACUGAUUAUCUUAAUAGAAAAGUUUACUGUUCUUUUUGUACAAAGAGGUUUUGGUCCACGCAGGAUUUGUGUCACCACAUGCACUCUCACACUGUUUGCCAAUUGACUAACAAAGAAGCAAUCAUUCCGUCCAGUGUGUCAGAAACCGAUCCACUUUUGGUACGAACUCGGGCUGCAGAUUUUUCUGCCAAAUCUAAAGAAACUGAAACUGAAGAUAUCCUACCUACCAUGCUUGGAAUGGAUGAAGCAUCCAUAGACUUUUUACUUGAUAGUGCUGUGGCUGGUGUUCAUCUCCCUUCUUCCUACAUUCCCUGA